CUCCCUGCCGACGCUCCCUGGUUUUGGCAUCCCUUGGGGGCAAGAAGCCCCCUCCAGCCCUGGCAGCGGGCCGGGCCCGCGUCGUAGAGGAACCCGGGCGCGGAUGCGCUCUGGCGGGCUGGGCCGGUCGGCCGCGUGGGAGGCGGGCUGCAUUAUUUCCCGCUAGGGCCGGACUCGGCAGCGGGAGGGAGCCCCGCACGGCGCCCCUCGGGCAGGGCCUGCGGGCGAGCGCGGCGGCGGCGCCGCAGCGGGGCCUGGAGCCGGGCGCGUGGGCGGGCCGGGCUGUGCGCGCCGCCCCCACGGGCCCGCGACGCCGCUCCCACGCUCCCAGCCCCUCCCCCCUUCCUUCCUUCCUUCCCCGCUGCGCUCCCGGGAGCCGCCGGCGGACGCGAGCCGCGCUGGGCGGGCGAGCUUUGUGUGCGCCCGCGGGCCCGGGGCGAGCCUCGGGCGGCCCAGCUUGGCGGCUCCCGGCCGGCUCCCGAGCGGGAGCUGUGAGGCGUGGCUGGGCGAAGGAGGCGUGGGGCCCCCCGGCGGGCGGGAGGGACCGAGCCGGCGGGGCUGGACAAUGAGCCCGGUAGCUCCACGCUGCGGUCACUUUUAGGGGGGGGCGCGGGCCGGCCGGUGCAUCCGCAGCUCAGCGGCCCCACCUGCGAGGAGAGGGCGGGACGCCAGAACCAGGUGUCCCAGCGCCUUAAGGCCCCGCGCAAUCUGGCAUCCCUGAGCUGGUUCUCGCAUUGACACGAGGCUACCUGCAAGCUUUAGCUAGGACUUCUUUUUUUUUUUUUUUUUCCGGGGAGCCCUUGGAGCAGCCGCGAUGGCCAGUACCAGGAGUAUUGAACUGGAGCACUUUGAGGAACGGGACAAAAGACCGCGACCCGGGUCGCGGAGAGGGGCGCCCAGCUCCUCCGGGGGCAGUAGCAGCUCGGGCCCCAAGGGCAACGGGCUCAUCCCCAGCCCGGCGCACAGUGCCCACUGCAGCUUCUACCGCACGCGGACCCUGCAGGCCCUGAGCUCGGAAAAAAAGGCCAAGAAGGCGCGCUUCUACCGGAAUGGGGACCGCUACUUCAAGGGCCUGCUGUUUGCCAUCUCCAGCGACCGCUUCCGGUCCUUCGAUGCCCUGCUCAUGGAGCUCACCCGCUCCCUGUCGGACAACGUGAACCUGCCUCAGGGUGUCCGCACCAUCUACACCAUCGACGGCAGCAGGAAGGUCACCAGCCUGGAUGAGCUGCUGGAAGGUGAGAGUUACGUGUGUGCGUCAAACGAACCAUUUCGCAAAGUUGAUUACACCAAAAACAUUAAUCCGAACUGGUCUGUGAACAUCAAGGGUGGGACCACCCGCGCCUCGCCUGCUCCCGCCUCAGUGAAAAGCGAAGUGAAGGAGAGUAAGGAUUUCAUCAAGCCCAAAUUAGUGACCGUGAUUCGAAGUGGAGUGAAGCCUAGAAAAGCCGUGCGGAUCCUUCUCAAUAAGAAGACUGCUCAUUCCUUUGAACAAGUCUUAACAGAUAUCACCGAAGCCAUUAAACUAGACUCAGGAGUGGUCAAGAGGCUCUGCACACUGGACGGGAAGCAGGUUACUUGUCUGCAGGACUUUUUUGGUGAUGACGAUGUGUUUAUUGCAUGCGGACCUGAGAAAUUCCGUUACGCCCAAGAUGACUUUGUCCUGGACCACAGUGAAUGCCGUGUCUUGAAGUCAUCUUAUUCUCGCUCCUCAGCUAAGUAUUCUGGAUCCAAAAGCCCUGGGCCCUCUCGACGCAGCAAAUCGCCAGCUUCAGUAAGGAGGGGAGGUCCCUACUCCAGUGCCUACUCUACAACCAAAUCCCCAGUUAAUGGAACUCCCAGCAGCCAGCUUUCUACUCCUAAAUCUACGAAAUCCUCCAGUUCCUCUCCAACUAGCCCAGGAAGUUUCAGAGGAUUAAAGCAGAUUUCUGCACAUGGCAGAUCUUCCUCCAACAUAAAUGGUGGACCUGAACUUGAUCGUUGCAUGAGUCCUGAAGGUGUGAAUGGAAACAGGUGCUCUGAGUCAUCAACUCUUCUUGAGAAAUACAAAAUUGGAAAGGUCAUUGGCGAUGGCAAUUUUGCAGUAGUCAAAGAGUGCAUGGACAGGUCCACCGGAAAGGAGUUUGCCCUGAAGAUUAUAGACAAAGCCAAGUGUUGUGGAAAGGAACACCUGAUCGAGAACGAAGUGUCAAUCCUGCGCCGAGUGAAGCAUCCAAACAUCAUCAUGCUGGUGGAGGAGAUGGAAACAGCUACUGAGCUCUUUCUGGUGAUGGAAUUGGUCAAAGGUGGCGAUCUCUUUGAUGCAAUUACCUCUUCAACCAAGUACACCGAGAGAGAUGGCAGUGCCAUGGUGUACAACCUGGCCAGCGCCCUCAGGUAUCUCCACAGCCUCAGCAUUGUGCACAGAGACAUCAAGCCAGAGAACCUCUUGGUGUGUGAAUAUCCUGAUGGAACCAAGUCUUUGAAACUGGGAGACUUUGGGCUGGCUACUGUGGUGGAAGGCCCCUUAUACACCGUCUGCGGCACACCAACUUACGUGGCUCCAGAAAUCAUUGCUGAAACUGGCUAUGGCCUGAAGGUGGACAUUUGGGCAGCAGGCGUGAUCACGUACAUACUUCUCUGUGGAUUCCCACCAUUCCGAAGUGAGAACAAUCUGCAGGAAGAUCUCUUCGACCAGAUCUUGGCUGGGAAGCUGGAGUUUCCAGCCCCCUACUGGGAUAAUAUCACGGAUUCGGCAAAGGAAUUAAUCAGUCAGAUGCUUCAGGUAAACGUUGAAGCUCGGUGUACUGCGGGGCAAAUCCUGAGUCACCCCUGGGUGUCUGAUGAUGCCUCCCAGGAGAAUAAUAUGCAAGCUGAAGUAACAGGUAAACUGAAGCAGCACUUUAAUAACGCGCUCCCCAAACAGAACAGCACCGCCACUGGGGUGUCUGUUAUCAUGAACACGGCUCUAGAUAAGGAGGGACAGAUCUUCUGCAGCAAACACUGUCAGGACAGCGGCCGACCCGGGACGGAGCCCACUUCUCCAGUUCCUCCCUCCGCCGAGGAGACCCCUGUGUCCGGGGUGGCAGCCGUGGCCCCUGCCCCUCCGGAAACUCCCACACCCCCCUGCCCUUCUGCUGCCACGGGCUGUGAGCGGUCAGGGACCUGGCGCCGUCACCGUGACUGACCGUGGCAGGCGGGCCUGAGCCAUGCCGCCCUCUCACGGCCGAGCCUUCCUCUGCUGACUGCUGGUGUGUCAGGUUGCUGGCAUCUCCGAGGCUGCCUGGAGCCCAGGGCCCCGGCCUUGGCCUCGGGUCACACUCUGGGCUCUGCCCUCCAGUUCCUGGAGGUGUCAUAUGCAGUGGCAGCUUCGGUGACACACUCAGAGUGGCUUGUUUUAAAUUGUCUGAGUUUCGGUUCAGUGGACAUUUUACCGCGUCACCAGGAGAAUGUGUCACUUUAUUCCAGCAUUUAGCGCAUUUUUUUUAUAGAAACACUUUGGAUGAGCCAAGACCUCCCUCUCCUAUUUAAGUAAACUCAGAGUGCCCCUUUUUUCUUACAAAGAACUUAUGGUGGGGGUCCUGUGAGAGGUGACACGACGCCUUCCUCUGUUGAUGGGGGUUGGAGGACUGGCUUUCCAGUGGAAGACGACACGAGCGCCUUAGAGGACAGUUGGCCACCAGACACUAACCCCCGACCUCCAGACGCGCUCUCAGGUGCCCAGAGGAGCAGCCGCCAUGCAGCUUGGGGUGCUGGGCUUGCUUACAACGACACUGGGUAUUUAUUUGUACGCAGACCACAGGGGAAGGUCACUGUCAUCCCUGUAGACAUCGUUCACCCCAACUCUUCCCACAUAUGAAUUAAAAAAUGCUAAUGAAGUUGUCCUUUGGGCUUUUUAAUGGAAGGCCUGGCGCGUGUGGCAUCACCGUGGAGGCGGUUUCUUCUCGGCACGCCAGCCGCUCCGGAGCAGGAUAAACUAGGAGUGGCCACCGGUCUCGGGUCAUCAUCUCCUUUUCACCUGGAGCAGGCGGAAGGGGCAGCUGCAGAGACGCCAAGGCACAGGCAGGACUGGGGCGAAGGUGCCUCGCAGACACCCCACUACUGACCUUCUGGAAGGCUGCUGGCAGCUUUCCACCACCCUGCUCUUUUUAAUAACUGUACAUAAUCAGUGUGUUUGUUUCACCUGCUCAUCUUCUAAACUGGUGGGCCCCGUAGUGCAUUUUCACUGUUAGAUUUUUGCCCCCUACACGUGUACCCAACCUGCAAUAAACUCUUCCUUAUUGAGAAAAAGUAA